GGGGGCGACACGACUAAUGCGCUAGCCUCGGGUAACCACUUUCGUUUUUUUGUUUAUGUUUUUCUCCGCCAUCUUUUUGUUCUUUUUUGUAAAACGAGCCAGAUUUUUUUAAGAUGGCUGCUGGGUCGGUCGUGUGUGGCAAUCAAAAUUUUUUAUGAACUUACCCAUUUGCUGUGUUUUAAGUUCCGACUGCCCGUACCCAGGUUUCAUGGUCAAACUCUCACUAAAGAAGCCUUGAAGUGUACCUUCAACUAAGAAAACAAAUUUCUUUUAUAUAAAAGACAUUGAAAGGUUGCCGCUUAUGAUAUGGAAGGCAAGCAGGCAACAUCUGCAUACACAUCAGCGUACGACGAGCAAGAUUUGUCUAUUCUAAAUCUUAUUGCACACAAAUAUUAUCAACAACAAGCAAAGCAGGUACCGGUGUUUGAUUACCAAUACUUCGCUGCAACGAACUCAUUGCGUCACAACGUUGUUUUGGAGCAAGAAAAGAGUUUUGAACGCGUGCAAAAGUGGCUGGUCCACCAACACGAGUGUUCACGCCAACCUCCACCGGACGAAGACUCGUGGUCGUCGCUGAGAUCGAGCAGCGCGGUAGAAACUUAUAGUUCGCCAGUGUACCCCGAGGAAUGGAACUCUACCGAUUACUUCCCAAGGUAUAGGUCCGAGGAACAUAUUCAAACCUUCCAAGAUAAAUCUUUGGAUAAUUUCAAGUUUGGAAGGAUUGACCGAAAAAGGUAUUACUCGCCGAAUUUGAUGCGUCGUCGUUAUAGUCCUCGGCUAGAUCAACUUGUAAGUAAAAAGUCUCUGUAUACGACAAGAGAUGAAGAACACAUUUACACGGAUGAUGGAGGUGAAUUGAUGCAUGACACACCUACGCCAGUCAACUAUUAUUACUAUUCUGCUGACAAGGGGAACACCUUUCCACGACGUAGAAAACUAAAACUUCAAAACAGAAGUCCGAGCAAAAGACUUUCUUCACCUCUGAUGGGACAGCAGUUCGACUCUCCCUUUUUAACUCAGGAGACAACGACUAGCGCUUCUGACGUUGUUAUAAAACCAAGAAAAGUGAGGCCAAAGUCGGCGGUGGAAAGUCACUCGUACUUAUUGAAAAGUGUUAAUAAAAAAGACGCUAGCACUGCCGAAGAGAACAAUGGUUUAGUCAGUAGUACAAUUUUGGGUAAAAACCGUCUGUCACCAGAAAACUUUACGGAUACACCUUUAACUGUCACAAAACCGCUACACAAAGGAGAACUAUCGGGCUCUUUAACUAAACGCCCAAUUCAACCCUUUCAUGUUCGCAUGUCCUCUGCACCAGAGCCCACAAGAUUAUCAGAUGAUAAUGCCACUAAGAAAGGAGCAGCACGACGUAUAUCACCUCUAAUACGGAAAGUAAAGGCUUUCUCGUGGCCAAAACGAGCUUUACUUCCGGAAAGAGAUGCAAAUAAUUAUAGUGAGACAGAUGUUUUAAAGGGAAACAGUUUAAAUAAAACUGAAAGUGGUUACAACACAGAAAAGAGUGAGGAGAAAUUAAACAAUCAGGCUCUGCUUGAGCAUGAUAUCGAUAUCAGCGAAGCAAAAAAUAAUUCUGUUGGCCAUCUCGAUCGUAGUGAUUGUAAUAACAAUGAAAGCAACUGUGGCGAUUUAUACAACGCUGGAUCAAGCGAUGAUCCACCAGAAAGACCACCAUUACCCGUACAACGAACUGUUCAAGAGGUGCUAUCUUCCUGUUCUAAAUCUGCAAAAACUUCAGACUGUGCUAGCUCUAGUGGCAAUAUACAUAAGUACAAUAAGGGCAGACGAAACCUUUCUGAAACCGACGCGUAUUGUCACGACGUUCAUCGAAAGCGUCGCUGCAGUCAUUCUUCCAACUGCGAUUGUGUUUUACCACACAAUGAUUUAUCGAAAACAGUGAGUAUGAGCUUGAAAGAUCUUAUUCGUAUUCACGAACAAGAAAUUGCGCGCGUGUCUGCGGGAGCUUCGUCUAGUUUAAAAGCGCUGGACAAUAUUUUUGAAAACCCACGAAAGACAUCACUUGUAGAACUUAAGAAUAAACAGUCCAUGUCUUUGAAAAGACACACCACCAUUGGAUUAACGAAUUACAGUCUCGAUGAUUUCCACGAUGCCAACCUGAUCGAAUCUCACGGAACGUCGACCCAAAACUUAUCCUCUCAAAAUCUUUCCUCUUCCGCUAGUUUCGAUAACAAGUCUCACGAAAAAAUAUCUAAGAUUAACGACGAGGGGAAACCUGUCGAGUGCGCACUUCUGUCUGUACCGAAUACACCGCACACGCCCAGGCGAAAAAACGCCCCUGCUACUCUUCCAAAGCCGAAGAAAGCAUCCGUUGAUACUGUAAUUGUGGAACCAUCAUACAUAAACGUCAACAACGCACGCGAGCAAUUUGUUUAUUUAACGUCGGGUUUGGCGUCUCAAAAAUGUGACGCCGCCGUACAAACAGAUAACACCGACCCGGAAGAAAAUUACGAGGAAGACGUUUUAGCUGCAAAAAUUAAAGAAAUGAAAUUUGAAUUUGAACACGAGAGACGGAAGCUUCUGAAGAAACUUGAAGAACAAAAGAAGGUGGCUAACGCGUACCAGAAAUUGGAAGAUCGUUACCGUAGAAAAGUCUGUUCUCUUCAGAAGGCAAUGCGUACGUGUAGUUGUACGGAGAAUAAAUUGAAGGUGAUCGCACAAGAUGUUGCCAGACGAAGCAUCUCACCAAGCUUGCUACUGGAAAAUAAUCAAGAAAUAUCCGUGCAGAAAGUUGAUGGAAUCCUUCAUCAGUUAGAAGCUUGGUUGAAUCAUCAAUCGUUAGAUAUUAGCGAGAUUUCAUCCGUCAUUUGUUCAACGACUACUGACGAAAUUCAUCCUCGAUACAAAGUGACGUCAGAUUUUUUUUCCACUCCGCCAUUGGAAAUUAUCGACAAGAUAGAUGCGACGUCGGUUUAAAAAUUUUAAAAUUCUUGAAAUAUAACUUUUAUAAAUAUUUUUCUUUGUUAUUUACUUUUACUUUUUUUUAAUAUGUGAUUUCUUUUGUAAAUUUGGAAUAAAAUUUAUAUAUUAAAAUUUAAAGAUUAUUAAAUACAAAGUGCUUUCACUGAAAUACAUUUUUACCAAUUACACGUUUUUUUUAAAGAAACAUGCAUACAAAAAACAUAGGCUCAUAUUGGCAAAAAACUAAGAAACAUCUAAGAAACAUGGGCAGGCUUAAAAAGGAAGAAAACUAAACAGAAAGCACUAAAAGUGAAACAAAUCAAAAAUGUUUCCAUCAUCUGCACCCUUUCUGCCUACCAGCAUAGCGAACAGUAAAGAAAAUCAGAAAGAAACUCGCAUGAAAACACUUGCAUCGAUUUUUCUCAGGUAGGAAGUAUCAUCGAAAAGCAUGUUUUUGAAACAAAUGAGAAUAAGAAACAAAUAAGAAACAUUUGAGGCUUAUUUUCCAAAAAAACUUAGAAAGAUUGAGCCCUAAAGCCCAAAUAAAUGUUUCUUGUAAAAAAAAACCCGUGUAAUUGGUAACUAGUUGAUGAUGCGAGAUAUAUACAUUAUUGCAUCUUGUCUUUUUUAAAAGGGAUUUAACCUAAUCUCGUUUCUAGGAGAAACGGGAAAUAACCCUAAAACGAUGCUAAGAUUUAGCUUUUUAAUUUUUAAAUAUUGGAUUUUUGCGGGAAAAAAAAUUGUCAAAAUGACAGUUUGCAAAAUAUAUUUUACCCAGAACAAUUUUUUUUUUAUUUUUAAAGUUUUCUUUUAGCGUCAGCCUAAUGCUUUAAAAAAUUAAUUAGUUUAAAACAGUUUCUUUAAUUCAGGCAAGGUUUUGUUGCCAACCAGGAAAGCAGCCAGCAGCGCAACAACUGCCUGUGCUUCGCGCGAUCUACAACAGUGCAAUUGAGCUCUUCUGCCAAGCAAAAUUUGCAAAAUGGCCAACGACCGGGCAAAGGCCCAUCAGAAAGAAUCUCGUUCUCCUCCAAACGAUGCAAAAAGUAGUACCUAUAGUACUGGUGAUGAUUUAACUGUUAUUUCGAAAUGAUGGAGAGAUGUCUGAGUAUGAACGUGAUGAAACAAUUUCAACAUCUGCAUCCUUGAAUGAUUCCUAUUCAGUACAAACUUAUGCAGUAACAAAUGAUGACGCUUCUUCAACAACUCGGUCAGACGCUGAAACAACAACUCAAACUCCAAAUAUGGUGAAUUACUCUGAUAAUUCUUCGGAAGAAAGUGAUGUAGAAUUCCCACGGAAGCGUAUACGUACAAGGAAGAAGCAUCUGUGCACGUGGAGGCGGGAUUCGCACUCGUGGUGGACCCAAUGGUACUCAUGGGCGUGGACGUGGACGCGGUCCUGGACGUGGGCAAAGUACGCCUGACUUGUCAAUGGAGCCAGAUACAUGGGUGAGCCCUGCACGCCCUCGCGGAAGAUUCCUUUUAUAUCAAGAGAGCAUAUAAACACUAAUCCAGAUGACCGAACAAGUCCAUUUAGUGUCUUUAAAGAAUUGAUAACAAAUGAACUUAUUGACGACAUAGUCAAGUAAUGCUGAUAUUAUAAUGAAUGAUCCUGUUCAAGCUCAUAUGAACAAUAAGUGGAGAUCUCUAUUCAACCUCUGGAAAGACACGGACAGGGAUGAAUUAUGGAUCUAUAUUUGUUGCUGUCUGCUAAUGGGGAUGAAUCAUAAGCCAACUAUUCAUUCAUAUUGGAGUCGUCAACACAUUCUCUCGACUCCGAUAUUCAGUCGGCUUAUAAGAAGAGACCAGUUCAAACAGUUGCGAAAAAUAAUUCACUUUACUAAUCCAGAAACUGAAGAUCUCGUGGACGGUUUGAAAAAACUUGCUUGUUCCUUGAACAUUUGAUUUCAAAAUUCAAAGGAAAUUAUACUCCCUCAGAGCACUUCACGAUUGAUGAGUACCUUUCGCUUUGGAAGGGUCGAUUGAGUUUUCGCAUUUAUAUUCUGAGUAAAAGAGAACGGUAUGGUGUCAAAGUAUUUAUGUUAUGUGAAAGUCAAAGUGAAUACUUACUCAAUUUUAUUAUUUACUCAGGAGCAACAACAGAGUAUCCAAAUCCACCGGCCAACCUUGAUUUACCGUUCGAUACCUACAAAAGUCUCUUAAAAGUAGUUCUCUCAUUACUUCACGACUACCUCAACAAGGGAUAUUCUGUUACCUUGGAUAAUUAUUACACUUCACCUGAGUUGGCAGAAGCGUUGUUGCUGAAUGAUACAGACUGCUAUGGAACUUUAUGGAAAAAAAGCUAACCUCCCGAUGAUUUUUGGUUUUGGAAGCCAGCGAGAGGUUCACCACCGCAAGCGAAAUUUGAGGGUAAUAUUGGCGUUAUGCCAUGGAAAGAUGUCACCAAAACAAAGAGAAGGUGAAAUAUGUUGGCAUGUUGUCAACUGUCCAUGCAUUUAAAUUAUUGGAUUCAAAUAAGAUAGAUCGUAAUACCGGGGUAGAUAUUCAAAAACCGGAUGUCAUAUUGGAUUAUAAUAAAACGAUGGGUGGUGUCGAUCUAGUCAGUCACAUGUUAAUACUGUAUAGCACACAAAGGAGAAGAGUGAAAUGGUACUGCAAGUUAGCAGAGUUGUUUAUUGACAUCUCAGUGUAUAAUAGUUUCAUUCUUUGGAAGAAGAUGAACCCACAAAGCAAAAUCGAUCAUCUAAUCGAUCUUCUGUACCAUUCUUAUUGGGGAAAUUAUCACGUUUCACGCAUCUGCAGGCUCUUCAUCUU